AAUCCCAAAAGUCCCAAAAGCCUCAAAACCCCAAAAUCCCAAAUUUUGAUCCAUUCCUGAGAAAUUCCCGAUUUUUUCCUCCAUUUUUUGGGGGAUUUCUGGGAUUUCCAGAGCCAAAACUCCCAGUGGGAUUCCAGCUCCGGCAGCUCCUGGGAAAGGUGCAGAACAUCUCGCAGUCCAUGGAGCUGCUGGAGCUGCGCACUUUCCGCGACCUGCAGUACGUGCGCGACACCGAGGCGCUGCUGCGCGGCCUGGACCAGCGGCUGCGCGCCGCCGCCGAGGGCGCGCGCGGCCUCAACGCCCGCGGCUUCCAGGAUCUGAAGGAAAAGAUGCGGGAGCUGCUGCCGCUGCUGCCCGUGCUGGAGCAGUACAAGGCGGACUCGCGGCUCAUCGUUCACCUCAAGGACGAGGUGCGGAACCUUUCCGGAAUUCUCCUGGCAAUCCAGGAGGAGAUGGGAGCCUACGACUACGAGGAGCUGCAGCAGCGCGUGCUGCUGCUGGAGGCGCGGCUGCACGCCUGCCUGCAGAAACUGGGCUGCGGAAAGCUGACAGGGGUCAGCAAUCCCAUCACCAUCCGCGCCUCGGGAUCGCGCUUCGGAUCCUGGAUGACCGACACGAUGACGCCCAGCGCCGACAGCCGGGUGUGGUACAUGGACGGCUACUACAAAGGCCGCCGCGUGCUGGAAUUCCGCAGCCUCACCGACUUCGUCUCCGGCCAGAACUUCGUCCAACACCUCCUCCCUCACCCUUGGGCUGGCACCGGCCACGUGGUCUUCAACGGCUCGCUGUACUACAACAAAUUCCAGAGCAACGUCGCCGUCCGCUACCACUUCCGAUCCCGCAGCGUCCUGGUCCAACGCAGCCUCGCCGGCGCCGGCUACAACAACACCUUCCCCUACUCCUGGGGCGGCUUCUCCGACAUCGACUUCAUGGUGGACGAGAGCGGGCUCUGGGCCGUCUACACCACCAACCAGAACGCCGGGAACAUCGUGGUGAGCCGCUUGGACCCGCAGACGCUGGAAGUGCUGCGGAGUUGGGAUACGGGCUACCCCAAGCGGAGCGCGGGCGAGUCCUUCAUGAUCUGCGGGGUCCUCUACGUCACCAACUCCCACCUGGCGGGCGCCAAGAUUUACUUCGCCUACCGCACGGACACUUCCAGCUACGAGUACACGGAUAUCCCGUUCCACAAUCAGUACUCCCACAUCUCCAUGCUGGACUACAACCCGCGCGAGAGGGUGCUCUACACCUGGAAUAACGGCCACCAGGUCGUCUACAACGUCACGCUCUUCCACGUCGUCGACACGGCCGGGGAGCUCUGAUGGACGCUCCCCAAGGGGAGAGAGA